AGGGUCAGGGUGGACAGAAAGUAACUCCUGAAGUGCAGAAUCCUGCCUGAAGAACUCGAUGGGACAAACUAAAGCCUAGACACAGGCCCUCUGGGGGCAUGGGGACCACCUUGCAUAUCCUACUCCAUAUUAAGCUUGCCUGGCCCUCAAGUCCCAUCCUCAUCAUGGCUCCUGGAGAGAAGAUCAAAGCCAAAAUCAAGAAGAAUCUGCCUGUGACGGGGCCCCAGGCGCCUACCAUAAAAGAGCUGAUGCGGUGGUACUGCCUCAACACCAACACCCACGGCUGCCGCCGCAUCGUGGUGUCCCGCGGCCGCCUGCGGCGCCUGCUCUGGGUUCUCUUCACGCUGACGGCCGUGGCCCUUAUUUUCUGGCAAUGUGCCCUCCUCAUCUCCUCCUUCUACACCGUCUCCGUCUCCAUCAAGGUCCACUUCCAGAAGCUGGAUUUUCCUGCCGUCACCAUCUGCAACAUCAACCCUUACAAGUACAGUGCAGUGCGGGACCUUCUAGCCGACUUGGAACAGGAGACUAGAACGGCCUUGAAGAACCUGUACGGCUUUCCAGAGAAUAAGUCUCGAAAACGCCGAGAGGCAGAGUCUUGGACCUCGGCUUGGGAGGGCACACAGCCCAAAUUCCUCAAACUGGUCCCACUGCUGGCUUUCAGUCAGGAUGAGACCAGCAAGGCCAGGGACUUCCUCACAGGGCGGAAGCGGAAAGUCAGUGGGAGCAUCAUUCACAAGGCAUCAGAUGUCAUGCAUGUCCACGAGUCCAAGGAGGUGGUGGGAUUCCAACUGUGUUCAAAUGACACGUCCAAAUGUGCCGUCUACACCUUCAGCUCAGGGGUCAAUGCCAUCCAGGAGUGGUAUAAGCUGCACUACAUGAACAUCAUGGCACAGGUCCCUCUGGAGAAGAAAAUCAACAUGAGCUACUCUGCUGAGGAGCUGCUGGUUACCUGCUUCUUUGAUGGCAUGUCCUGCGAUGCCAGAAACUUCACGCUUUUCCACCAUCCAAUGUAUGGGAAUUGCUACACGUUCAACAACAGAGAAAAUGAGACUAUCCUCAGCACCUCUAUGGGGGGCAGUGAAUACGGGCUGCAGGUGAUCUUGUACAUCAAUGAAGAGGAGUACAAUCCCUUCCUGGUAUCCUCCACUGGGGCUAAGGUGAUUGUGCAUCGGCAGGAUGAAUACCCCUUCAUUGAGGACAUAGGAACAGAGAUCGAGACGGCAAUGGCCACCUCCAUAGGCAUGCAUCUGACGGAGUCCUUCAAGCUGAGUGAACCCUACAGCCAGUGCACAGAGGACGGGAGUGACGUGCCGAUCAGUAAUAUCUACAAUGCUGCAUACUCCCUCCAGAUCUGCCUUCACUCAUGCUUCCAGACAAAGAUGGUGGAGAAAUGUGGGUGCGCCCAGUAUAGCCAGCCGCUACCUCCAGCAGCCAACUACUGCAACUACCAGCAGCACCCCAACUGGAUGUAUUGCUACUACCAGCUGCACCAGGCCUUUGUCCGGGAAGAGCUGGGCUGCCAGUCGGUAUGCCGGGAAGCCUGCAGCUUUAAGGAGUGGACACUGACCACCAGUCUGGCACAGUGGCCAUCCGAGGUUUCUGAGAAAUGGUUGCUGCCCGUUCUCACUUGGGACCAAGGCCAGCAAAUAAAGAAAAAACUCAACAAGACGGACUUGGCCAAACUCUUGAUAUUCUACAAAGACCUGAACCAGAGAUCCAUCAUGGAGAGCCCUGCCAACAGUAUCGAGAUGCUUCUGUCCAACUUCGGUGGCCAGUUGGGCCUGUGGAUGAGCUGCUCCGUCGUCUGUGUCAUUGAGAUCAUUGAGGUCUUCUUUAUUGACUCUUUCUCCAUCAUUGCCCGCCGCCAGUGGCAUAAAGCUAAGGAAUGGUGGGCCCGGAGGCACGCUCCCCCUGGCCCUCAGGGCCAGGACAACCUGGGCCUCGAUAUAGAUGAUGAUCUGCCCACGUUCACCUCCGCGCUGCGCCUGCCUCCAGCCCCAGGCACCGAGGUGCCCGGCACACCGCCUCCCAGAUACAACACACUGCGUUUGGAGAGGGCCUUCUCUGACCAGCUCACAGACACCCAGAUGCCGGCGGAGUCCUGAGGCGGGGAGGGGAAGAGAGAUGUAGCUAGGAGCCCAGCCACGGUCUGAGUUCUCAGACCUGUGUCUCCUGCACACGGAGGGGACCCUUGGCACCCCCUCUGGCUAGGCUUUUCAGAGACAUUGACUAAAAAUCUGCUUUGAACAACAACAUGGGGCCUGGGUGUGUGCAGGAGACCCUUUGGGCCCUGCCCGGCAACCCUCAGCCAUCCAGGGUAAGAAAGAUCCGGCAGCCCAAACCCCUCCCACAUCUGCUACGGAGAGAGAUGGGGGGCGAGGAGAUGGCGCCCGCCCGGACGAAAGCCAGAAGUGAAGGCUGACAGCACUUUCACCAGGUCUUGAGAGAGAAAGACUCCUCCGAAGCCCCAAGUCCAGGGUUUCACCCACUCCCCCAGCCUGGGCUGGGGCCCAAGGACGUGCCCUUAGGUAUCAAGGCCAGACAACCACUACCUAGUGCCAAAGAC